AUGCGGCGGCUUCUGUUACAAGUCGUGUUCGUAGCCACUCUCUUCGGAGAGUUGGGUCGCGCUGGGCCGGAAGAAGACUUUGCCAACAACCUUUUCUCAGAUUUGGGACCUCUGCUAGCCCUAUUCGGUGAGAGAGUAACAAUGCAGUUCAUGAGCGAAGCAAUGGGAUGGGCAGACAGUGUUAUUCUAGCCAUGGCCCCGAUAGGUAUUCUUACAAUCAUUGUCGCUGCCAUCAGGGUGUCCGGGCCCUUGUGGUUGAAGGCUUUGAUUGGGAGGGCGAGAGAAAACGUGUCCGUUGCCGAGAUGGAAUUAAUGUCAUCGACUUCUGAAGAGGUUUGUGAGCUCUAUAACGGCCAGAGCAUUGUUAGGUGCCAGGGCAAGCCAGAAAUAUGGGAGUUCAUUCUUCUGUUCAAGAAGUGCAAUGAAAGAGCAUCCGAUAUGCCCCCAAAGAUCGAAUUCAAGACGCUUUCGGAGGCUGUGAGAGACGGUAGUAUCGUUGAUGCAAAAGAGAGGGCGGAUUGGAAAAAAUUCUGGCGGAAUGUUCUCGCCAUAUUUGGUCUCAACCCAAAACGGCCAUCGUCAGAUACAGAGGCUGCAAGGAACGCGAAAAUACGCUGGAAUCCAAAGAAGCCCCAUCAGUGGGAUCUGACAGUUAUUCGAGACAUCACACCAGCUGCACCAAACAUUGCUCUAAAUGGCCAUAGUCAAUUUAGCCGAGUUCAAGUGCACGCGACAGCGUGUUUUGCAACCCUCGUGCAGGCCGGUUUGCUAAUCUUCUUUGGCAUCAUCACUUACCACCCUGAUAUCAAGCAGAACUAUCUAAAAGACAGCCAGCCCGUGGGAAAAUCCGCGUUUCCUUUGGUUGCGAGUGGUACGGCCCUGCUGGUCUUGGGGCUGCUUGUAUGCGCCCAUGUGGUCGAAGAUAGCACGACAGAGCAUCGGUAUGAAUUAUCCGAUGAAUGCAUCCUUGCCCAGAUGAUAUGGGUUCAGCGUGGCCAAACUGUUGGUGAUCAAGUUUUCAAACCCUAUGCGACAUUGCCUCGAUCGUGGCGUACCAUUAUUACCACUUCACGACGGAGAGUCAGACAACGCAAGAGCGAUUCGUUUGCUUUCGCACAGUCUGGCAGUAUGACCAACCCUGACAAUACGACGGAUGAAGCGGCUACGGCCCCUAGUGUCGCUGGUAACGACGCGUCCUCCAGUAAAGAGGCUGUCAAUGCAUUUGCUACAACCCAGGAGUCAGUCCCGAAUAAACAUUCAAAAUUUGCCGCGAAACGGAACCUGACGAUGAUAAGAACCUGGAUGGUGGAACAUGGAGCCGAGGUAAAGACUGUGACUGGUGUUGGUCUUAGUCUUACAGGCUUCGUCGUGCAGUUUGUAGGGUUAAGGAAUAUGAGCUGGGCCGCAUCGAUCGCACAACUGAGUGGUGUGCUGAUCUUGGUGGGUGUCAGGGCUUGGGUUCGACGAGGCAUUUCUCAGCCCCUUUCACAUCAACAGCUGACUCCCAAAUUUGAGUUGGAAUGGCUAACUCUGGUACUAAAUAUUUUAAAAAUUAAUCCUGGCUCUUGUUUCGACAUCCUACGAAAAGAUUUACUACGCAAACGAACGGCGGAACAUCGAGGAGAACCUCAACAUCUUCUCGACGACAUAUAUCCAAUGCCUUGGGGUGUCAAUACAGACCUGAAUCAGGAUUACUGGCCACUCAUACCAGAGAGAGACAUGGACCAGGCACUAGGAGGCAGACAUUGGAGUGCCAAUAGCGAAUUCAACCACCCCAACAAAACCAACGAGACAUGGACUCGAGAUACCGGACCUGAAUCACCGCAAGGACUUAGACUAUUGGGACCAGGCAGAGCUAUUCCCAGGUAUCAGCUGAUGCAAGACCUUCAAUGGUGGGUCCCCAGUGAUCUGGAUGAGAUAGUUGAUGUACGUAGGAUUAGUGGUUCCGAUGAGAUCAAAACAGCCGACGCUGAAGCGGAUGUAUCAACAGUCAAGGUUUCUAGCAGUCAAGAGUCCGGAUGUUCUUUGUACUGUACUAUAGACGGCAUCAAAUGUCAUUCAUACGGAAACGAGUGGACAUAUCAACGACGUAAAGUCAGAAUGGAUAGCUCCAGGAGAAAGUUGGGAUUGCCUGGAACAGAUUUACUUGCCAAUCAUGAUAGCGCCAUGCAGAAUUUUGCAACCAUCUUGGGAGAUGACAGCAGAUGGAUGGAUGCCAGCACUCAUCUGGCUGUGGAAUCUCAUGACGACAUUGAGCUUACAUAUGCAAAGACGUUGCUCUGGUUGUUUUUGCGGUCCGUAGCCAAGACACUUUGCCGGCCCGUGGCAGGGCAAGUAGAAACUCGGACAACGAGGGAGGGCUAUCUUCUCUUGUGGCACAAGGAUAUAGCCGAGCUGGCCGAACGAAUCCAGCAGAAUGGACUUGGCACACCCCUUGAGGCGUACCUGAGUAUCGUAUGCCCUCUUAGCAUGGAAGAAAAGCUACCCUUCCCGCAACCUAUCUUCGAUUUGGCACUUUCAGAAGCAAGCAAAAUUCGCAAACGCGACGGGAUUUUGGAAGCCGGGGUCCCGUAUAGCUGGCUAUGGCAGCAAUGUCAAUUCUUCUGUGAAAGUCAACGAGGAAUAUACGCAAGAGGAGUGGCAUGUCUUUUGGAGUAUCUCAAAGACGUCUAUACGCAGCAACAAGCCUAUGCACCCGUGACACACAGCAUUGAUGCCCCAUCCUUGAUAUUGCAACGUCAACAAGACACGAUCAUUGGAGUUCUUGUGAGAGAACACAACCUCGGCAGCCGGAUCUUAUCUCAAUUAUUAAUGCUUUACAACAAUCGGCGACACCCAUGGCCGGAGGGUUUGCAUUGGAUUCAUACCGCUUCGUGCAGUGACUCGAUAGCACCGUGGGAGUGGACCAAGGAGCUGGGAGUCUGUGACCUACGUCGUCUAGAGAUAGAGGGCUCAGUAUCCCGUGGAUGGUUCCGACAGGGUCAGUUAGCCGAGUUCCCUGAUUCUCGAGACGCGGCUGGGUGGACUCCGGUUCAUUACCUGGCAGCAACUGGAUUUGAAUCUGAUUAUGCUUAUGAUGACUACGCAGGCGAGAAAGAUCUCCGAGGCUGGACACCUCUGCACUAUGCUUGCUGGUAUGGGCAUGACGCUGUUGUGAGACAACUUUUGUCCCGCCGUGAAACCGACAGUUGGUGCCAGGGCUUCGACGGAGCAACCCCCUUUCAUUGUGCGGUGCGAAAUGAAAAUGUGAAGGUGCUAGCAGAGCUCUUACAGCAGCAGAAGCAGCAGAUGAAUGGUCCGAGAGGGCUCAGAAGAAGAGGACUGGGACAGGAUAUCGGGGUCCAUGCUGGGCAUACGAGCAUGAAUUGCCUCCCUCAAUCCGUCCAAGAUCAUGAGGGGCGAGCGCCGAUCCACUGGGCUGUUCUGGCGGGCAACCUAGAAGCCGUUGAGAAACUGAUAGAUGACAGAGAAAUCAAGGAUGACGGAGGGAACGCAGCGUUGCACCUGGCUGCUCUAGAAGGCAGAAGAAGAAUUGCAAACGUUCUUGUUGGUGCCGGAGCCGACGUCAAAGCAAAGAACAGAUCCGGUCAAACACCAUUGCAUUCAGUCACGUUGCGCCUCGCAAGACAGAAUGCUCUGAGGACACGGACUGUUACCACAGAGUGUGGUGAUGCCAUAGUCGAAGGGAGUGUUGAUAUCUUGGCCGUUUUUAGGGCUUUGAGUGAUAAACUACUGUUGCCAUGGUCGACUGAAGACGAAUGCAAUGAGUUGGUUAAGUUGCUCAUCGAGGCAGGGGCUGAUGUUGCCGCAGAAGACACUUUCAAGAUGACAGCGUUGCAGCUGGCUGUUUAUGGCGGACGGAUAGAACCGGUGAAAGCCCUCGUCCAUGCCGGGGCUGGUGUAAGGGGGGGUUUAGUAUGUGCGAUGCCGCCUGUGCAAAUCGCUGCCAUGGCUGGAGCAGCGGAUAUUGUGAAAUUUUUGAUCUCGCGGGGAGCCGACAUCAAUUCAGUGUGUGGGAUCACGACAUACAAAGGCAAUUGGAGACAAGUAACAACACUUAACAUCGCCAGACGAAGGGCCCACACAGAAGUUGUCCAGUUGCUCGAGGCGGCCGGUGCACACAGCUUCAGCUGGGAUACGUCCAAGACUGACUUCAUCAAACCGCCAAACUCCAAUCCAGAAGUCGUCGUGACUUCUCCACCGGGGGACGAGGUGCACUCCGACUUAGAAGAAGAGGUGCAUUCCUACCCAGAAGGCGAGGGACUUAUCUAUGCUGGCAGCGAGUUGAGCGUAGAACCAGUGAAUAUAAUCGGAGAACGCCAAAAGUCGAUGCCGCAAGGACGACACCAUGGUAACAAGCUCACUUCGUGGCUCAGAUCACGGGGGGUAAGAGCAAGAAAGCCCCAGAAUGAUGAGACUUGA